AUGGCAUCCAACCAGUCUCAAACCUCAACCACCACCACCGUCACUGCCACAAGCCCAUCCAGCUUGGCCAGCAGCAGCAGCAGCAUGUCCAACGCUUCCGUUGACUCUCUGCGCAACCACGGCGCCAGCUGGUUCGAGAACCUCAGCACAUUGGCGUUCGAGUACACCCAGCAGAAGAUCGCAAAGUCCCAGCCCCAAACCCCUCUCCCACUGGAGAGUCCCACCGCCGAAGUCACCCCGGCCAUGCACGGCUACGGGAACUCGUUCUUCCAACACGAACCCGAGACAUUGGCCAAGCAGACUGUCGACGCGAAGCCCAUGAACAACUACGGCGACAGCUGGUUCGACAACUUCGGACUCAUGUGGGAGGACUACCAGCAAGUGAAGCUGCGCAAGUCUGGUGGCAUCUAA